AUGUUCGGGCUUUGCAAAUGCGAAGAAGGCGGCCAAGACUUCUCACCAGUGGAGAUUGUUGUGGUCCAGCCAACAUUGCAAGAUUCGUUGGACGUGCACAUGAAGCAGAAGGAUGCAGGCUCAGAAUCAGAAGGCGAAGAUCGCAGAUUUGAUUUGAGCGAGCUCGUUGUGGCCCCAGGCUCCUACAGGGUGGUCGCCUCGGCAACCCUCCAUGAACCGGCUGUGAGGGCGGGAAGCGUUUGGUACCUUCAAUCUCAACCGGGUGACGACUCCAACCUUCAGCGCGUGGUGCGGGUGACAUUGUCCAUCCACAUCAACGGCCUUGGUAUCAGGCAUGCCGACGAUUGCAGAACAACUUCGCUUGCCUGGUCGCCCUUCAGCCUUGUGCAAGCCUGUCGACUUCAUAGCGCUGAGGCCGAUGAAGCCCUGCCUGGCUCACGCCUCUUCAAGAUCGUGGACUUCCACAACGCCAAAACUCUCAUGUUUGCGGUGUCCGGUCCUGAUUGUGAACAAGAGAGGGCGAAAUGGGUUGCCGCUGCGGCGCGUGCGUUGCGUAUGCUGACGGUAUCUUUGUUCCCAGUCUACAGACUCAUCACUGAACCGGUGCCCGGCCUGGAGUGGACGAAAACACGUCUGCUGGCCGGCUACAUGUUGCUUUUUGAUCGGAGUGGGCUGACGACCGUGUUCUGCGAGCUGCAUGCGCCAAUCGAAGAGACUGCAGGCUUCAUCGCAUACGAGGAUCACUCCUGCACGGCGUUAGUUGCCAGGCUUAGUAUUGAUUCGAUCUGUCACAUCUCCGAGCGCCUCGGAGUGGACUGCAGCUGUUUCACUUUGAACGAUCAAAACUUUGCAGCCAGAAGCGUUGCAGAGAAAAAUCUUUGGUUACGAGCCAUCAGUAACGUGAAGGUAAAGCUCCGCCAUGCCAUUAUGCCCACAAGCAAUCAGGAGAUGAGGCACUACCGAGCUGCCAUCGAAGAGCAGGCGUCAAAGUUACCGAGUUUAGUGCUGUCUGAUGAGCUCCAAGCAAAGGGGCCUUUUCUGCCGAGGCGCAGCUCUCUUUGGUUCUUUGGUGCUGUGCGCAUGCUUUCAGUGCUGUUGACAGCCGGCUGGUGCGCAACAUGUCCACAGGCGAAGCUGCUUGAGUUGCAGUCAAGAACAGAUGAGGACAAGAAAGCACAGGCUGCACAGGUCCUGCAGUCUGGCCAGAAGAAGGAUGCCUUUCACUACGUGAAGAAGGACAACGUGGAUGCUGUGAGAACGAUUCUGGAAAGCUUGGAUGACAACGUCCGCUGGCAGGACUGGCGCGACUAUUGCGGGCGAACUCUGCAGAGCUAUGCCAGGGAGAUGAAGGCUGAUCAGGUGUCUGACUUGUUGGCAGCAAUGAUGAGUACCUCGACUACCUCACCCAGGUCCGUUUCGCUGGAUGAGGAUGACGAGGCUGAGCUUGAGAAGCCAGCGGGUGAUGUGAAUCCUGACGAAGAGGAUUAUUUCCCCUCCAACUACAAUUGGAUGGAGGAGAAGGUUUCGACGGAGGCCACAGAGGAGGCCCAGGAGCCGGAGGAGGUUGAGGAGGUUGAGGAGCUGGAGGAGCCUCCAACGUCUCUGUCGCAAGAGGAACAGGAUGCGCUGAAGAAGGAGGCAUUCCGGAACGUGGUUCAGGACAAAAUGCAAGAGCUUGACGACGUACUGGCGAAGCUGCCUGUCCGGAUCUGGUCAUCCUGGGAGAACAAAGCUGGAAGGGAUUUGAUCACCUUGUCACAAGAGCGAGGGUCCAGUGGGGCGUACUGCAUUCUGGCCAAAAGGCUUGGAAUGUUGCAGGAGAUGAAGAAAGAAUCUUUCGAGGAGAGACAGGAUGUAUGGAUUUUCUUGCCUGGUGAGGUCCAACCUGUCCGUGCCACGGUUCAGGAGGAUUCUCCGGAAGAUCAAGAUGAUGUUCUGAUUGAAUAUUGGGACGGCAAUGAGCCUGCCACUCGAAUUGAGAAAUGUCUCGUUCGACGAUUAAAUUGA